UUAAACAAAGUCCGAAUUACGAUCACGUGGUUUUGAGACCCUAAUCAGAAAGCACACAGUGUAUUCCAUAGUACUGCAAAUAUGUUCAUAUCUGUUUUAAGAACUUGCAUUCCUCGGCAGGUGGGUGGGUUGAUGAGGAGUUUUGCACGAAAUGUACACUGGUCACCCAUUUUGAUGAACAGCUUUAGUCGGUUUCCUGUUCCGGACGUCAGAAGUCUGCCAGAUGACGUAAGAAUUGCCAUGGAAACAACAGAAGAGAAGAGUGGAUUUUUACCCAAUGUUUUCCGUGCUAUGUCAUAUCGACCCGACGAAUUACGAGCCUUUAUGCAGUAUUAUGAUGUUGUAAUGGGGGUGAACAAAGGGAACUUGACGAAGGCGGAUAAGGAAAUGAUUGUAUUAGCUACAUCAGCAGAAAAUCAUUGCCUCUACUGUGUUGUGGCUCACGGAGCCCUACAUCGAAUCUAUUCUAAACAGCCUCUUCUUGCUGACCAGAUUGCUGCAAACUGGAAAACAGCUGAUCUCGACGAUCGACAACGCGCCAUUUUGGAUGUUGCCAUGGAUUUGUGCCGCUGUCAGCCUCUCACAGAGGAUAAGAUAGAAAACCUUACAAAGAAUGGUCUUGAUAAAGACGAUUUAUGGGAUAUUGGAGCAGUCACAGCUUUAUUUGCAAUGUCUAAUCGCAUGGCAUUUUUAAUGAACUUGAAACCGAAUCAAGAGUUCUUUUUGAUGGGAAGAAUUCCCAAACAAAAGUGAUUCAAAGAAAUUGACUGAAAUUGACAUGCAUAAGUCACUAUGUGAUUGUUAUAUGGUAUAAUUGAUAAUUAGAGUUAUCUUUAUUUGCAUUAAGAUUUUAAAAAUUCGAAUGUUUAAAUGAUAAUUGUAUGUUAUGAGAGCUUUGUCUAGUACAAGAUGUAACAUGUAUAUCUUUAAAUAAAUGAUGUGUUUUAUAAGGUUACAAA